AUGCGAGUGGUAUAUUUGAUGCUGAGAAAAGGCAUUACAAAGGGCAAACUAUUAGCCCAUCUUAACAUGAUGAUGAAGCGCGGCAAAAUCGCCAGCAAAGCCGCCAUACACAAUCUCAUGUUCCACCACCACCACCACAGAUUCCGCCUCCCCUUCCACCUCACCAAGCGCAGGAGCUCUCACGCGGUGUUUGACAGAGACACGAUGGCUGCCUCCGUCGAGAGUUUCAGCAGCGCGGUGGCGUCGCCUGCGCUGCCCGGGUUCGGGCCGAGCCCGUUGGUGAGGCAGCUGCGGAUCACCGAUUCUCCGUUCCCGUUGACGGAUGCUGAAGCUGAAGAAGACAAUAAUGUUGAUGAAGCUGCUGAGGAAUUUAUAACUAAGUUUUAUGACGAUUUGAAGCGACAGAAUUCCAACAUGUUUUUGGAGUACUAUUGA